UACAAAAAUAAAAUUUAACGGUUAAAAGUGUAGGCAUCGUAACCGAAUUAUGAAAUCGAAAUCUCAGUCCACUUACAAGUGUUGAUAAAGCAAAAGCCACGAUGGUCUGACUUUUUAGAUUUAUUCAGACUGCAACCAAUAUCCAAUCACAGUUUUUCCUACUUUCUCCGACGACACUUCGCAAUGCGACGGAGGCCCCAGCAGACUCCGGCACCCGCCACCGCCAAUCCAUCACCCACCGGAGCAGAACCAGUUUCCACUUCAUGGGUCGGACAGCAGAGGCCUCGGCGGUCACCAUUCGUUUGGCUCACCUUGUUCCUGGCCAUCGGAUACUGUUCUUAUGGAGUUUACCAAUACCAGUUUGAGAGCUUGCCCGAGCCGCUCACGGCGGACCAGGCCGGAAAGCGCGGCUUCUCUGAGUUUUCAGCUCUCAAACACGUCGAGGCCUUGACCCAAUUGGGCCCUCACUCUGUCGGCUCCAAUGCUCUCAACCUAGCUCUCCAGUAUGUUUUGGCAGAAGCUGAGAAGAUCAAGAAAACUGCUCACUGGGAGGUUGAUGUUGAAGUGGACUCGUUCCAUGUCGAAUUGGGAGCAAAUCGAAUGGUUGGUGGCCUGUUCAAGGGAAGAACACUUGUAUAUGCGGAUCUAAAUCAUAUUGUUGUAAGAGUUUUGCCAAAGUAUGCGCCUGAAUCAGUAGAUAAUGCGAUUCUGGUCUCUUCCCACAUCGACACUGUCUUCUCAACGGGAGGGGCUGGAGAUUGCAGUUCGUGUGUAGCCGUCAUGUUGGAACUUGCUCGUGGGGUUUCCCAGUGGGCUCAUGGAUUUAAGCAUGCUGUUAUAUUUUUGUUUAAUACUGGGGAGGAGGAGGGUCUAAAUGGUGCUCAUAGCUUUAUAACUCAGCAUCCGUGGAGUACAACUAUUCGUCUGGCUGUUGAUUUGGAGGCUAUGGGUAUUGGAGGGAAGUCUGGCAUAUUUCAGGCUGAUGCUUGGUCUAUUGAGAAUUUUGCCUCGGUAGCAAAAUACCCGUCUGGCCAAAUUAUAGGACAGGAUAUAUUUUCUUCUGGAGCCAUAAAAUCUGCAACAGAUUUCCAAGUAUAUAAGGAGGUUGCGGGCCUUCCAGGGCUCGACUUCGCGUACACAGAUAACACUGCAGUAUACCAUACAAAGAAUGACAAAAUCGAGCUUCAUACAUUAGGAUCUCUUCAGCAUCUUGGAGAAAAUAUGCUUGCUUUUCUGCUAAAGAUUGCUGCUUCCUCUCAUCUUCCAAAAGCCAGUGCAGUGGUAGAAGAGAAUAAGGGCGAGACUGCUGCCAUAUAUUUUGACAUAUUGGGGUCGUAUAUGAUCGUGUAUCGUCAACGCUUUGCAAAUAUGCUUCAUAAUUCAGUGAUAGCGCAAUCACUUCUGAUAUGGACUACGUCAUUGCUUAUGGGUGGUUAUCCGGCUGCAAUUUCAUUGACCUUGUCAUGUUUGAGUAUCAUAUUAAUGUGGAUAUUCGCAAUAAGUUUCGCUCUUCUUCCUGCCUUCAUUAUAUCACUAAUAUCUUCUUCACCAGUGCCAUAUGUUGCAAACCCAUGGCUAGUAAUUGGGUUAUUUGGCGCACCUGCUCUUAUUGGGGCGUUAAGUGGUCAAUAUCUGGGUUAUCUUGGUCUGCAUACGUAUUUGUCAAAAGUAUACGCCAAGAAAAAACAACUCUCACCUGAUAUACAAGCUGGUUUGGUUAAAUUAGAGGCUGAAAGAUGGCUCUACAAAUCUGGAUCUCUUCAGUGGCUCGUUCUCCUCAUUUUGGGAACCUAUUACAAAAUUGGAUCAACUUAUUUGGCUCUUGCUUGGUUGGUCCCACCAGCAUUCGCAUAUGGCUUUCUUGAAGCGACUCUAACCCCAGCUCGAUUCCCCAAGCCACUCAGACUUGCAACCCUGCUGAUAGGAUUAGCUGUACCAAUAUUAAUUUCUUCCGGCGGAUUUAUUCGGCUGGCUGGAAUGGUAAUUGGGACUGUGGUUCGACUUGACAGGAACCCAGGUGGCACCCCCGAGUGGCUAGCGAAUGUUAUAGUUGCUGUUUUUGUUGCUAUUGUUGUGUGCCUGACUUUGGUGUAUCUCCUGUCAUAUAUUCAUCUUUCAGGUGCCAAGAGAUCGAUUGUCCUUUCAACUUGCAUGCUGUUCGGCCUCUCACUUGCUGUUGUAUUGUUGGGUAUCGUUCCACCAUUUACCGCAGACACAUCCAGAGCUGUAAAUGUUGUGCAUGUUGUAGAUACGACAGGAAGCAUUGAUGGAAACCAAGAUCCUAGAUCAUAUGUGUCUUUGUUUUCUUUCACUCCUGGAAAGUUGACAAAGGAGGCUGAGCAAAUUAAUGAAGGUUUCAGAUGUGGUAGAGACAAAGUUGUUGAUCUUGUAACCUUUUCAGCCAAGUACAGUUGUUGGACUUAUGAUGACAGUGACAGUGGAUGGAGCAAAUCAGAUAUACCCACAAUGAACGUUGGUAGCGAUACUCAUGGUAAUGAAAGAACAACACGAGUACUACUUGAUACAAAAGGUUCAACACGCUGGACACUUGCUAUCAACGCUGAUGACAUAGAAGAUUUCACAUUCAAAGUUGCAGGAAGCUCGGAGGAAUUGGCUUCUUUGGGUGACAUGAGUAGCGUAGAUGGAUGGCACGUUAUCCAGUAUUCCGGAGGACAAAAUGCACCAACAAGGUUCGAUCUUGCACUCUUCUGGUCUCAAAACUCUACCCGGCUGGCUCACGAUGUUGAAGGGAAGAGAGACGAGCACGCUCCCCUUCUAAGGUUAAGAACUGAUAUGGACAUAGUGACUCCUAAAGUCGAAAGAGUUCUAUCGAAGCUUCCUCCUUGGUGUUCGCUGUUUGGCAAGUCGACGUCCCCCCACACCCUUGCAUUUUUGAGCAAUCUUCCUGUUAAUUUUUAGGUGCUUCGAGUUUAAUUUAUACGUUUUACUUGCAAUAACAUAGGAAAUUUCAGAUUGAAGAAAAGAAAAUGAAUUAUAUGUAAGCAGACACACAAAUUGGUUUGUCCAAGGAUAUAUGGGUUUUAAUAUAGCAUUACCAUUAUCA